UCUUGAGGACAUCUUCGUGCCGCCCAAACCAAAUGACACCAUACAAAAGGAUUGAUUUUUGACAUGAGAGACCAUCUGUGGCAUGGCGACAUAUGCCAGGGGUUCGCCACCAUCAAGAUGUGCUGAGUGUGGCAAUGUCUUGGUGGAUGCACUGGUUUUAUCGUGCGGCCAUGACCUUUGCUUAAGCUGUGCCGCAAGCGCUUUGCGACAAACACGUUCUUUGAGUGGUCGCACGGUCCGGUGUCUUCUCUGUCCUAGCAUCACUGAACUGUGUGAAGAGGCUGCGAAGACUUUACUGAACCAGAACCGUUCGACACCUCAAGUUUCCGAAGUUCAGGCAGAAGUUGCGAUCCUGCCGAACAGCGCCUCCAACUUGAAGUCACCAGCAGGUCUUGGCCAAGUGCUUUAUCCUCCGCGCAUUCCCAACGAACGUAGUUGCCCUCGACGAGAUGCAGAGAGUCCGCAGAGCAUGGACAGUUCUGGCCCUAGAGUCGUCCCGCGCACGCACAUACCAGCGGUGUCAACAACUUCUGUAUCCCCAAAGCAAUGGCGGGAUGAGGAGCAAGUCUGGCACGGUCGAACUGUACAUAUCUUCCGGUGUCCUGAGCAUCCGGAAGAACCAGCGACAUAUUUCUGUGCAACCUGUGAGUGCCCCUGCAUUUGCGCAGAGUGUGUGAUUCAAAAGAAUGGCGUGCACCGCGAUCACGAGGUGAUGCGCGUUGCACGCGCACACGAGGUUUUGAAAUCACGCGCUGGGGCACUUUUGGAUGAAGCGAUUGCACUAGAGGACGACUUUGCAAUGGUCGGCGACCGGAUCGCUUGGCGUCGCAAGGACAUUGAGCGAGCUGCCGCUCGUGGCCGUGCCAGUGUCCGCAGCGCGUUUGCUCGGGUUAGGGCACAGUUGAACGAGCGAGAGGCUGAACUGCUGGAGUCUCUGGAUGCAUACGAAUCUGGCUCCUUGUCGAACCUGGAUUCAGGACACGCAGAGUACGGCACUCGCUUGAACGAGCUAAGACGGCUUCAGGAGAACCUCAGGGCGCGUUGUCGGAAUGAUGGUGACGCUGUGGAGGCUUUGAACACUUACUCUGCGGCCAAAGCUGCCAUAGCGAGCUUAAGGGAAGCCUUCCGUCAGGAGGAGUUCAACUCAGCCCCACCCGAGGAGUUCAUCGGUUUGGCGGGGAGUGCGCGUGCAGAGUUGGAUCUGCACGCAGAGGGCUUGGCGAGUCUCGAAGAGGCCGUCGCCAGCCUUUGCGAGCGAGGGGUUGAACCAGAGCGGGUCAAGGGGUCAGCCGGAGUUUCAAUGAGGCGCAAUGGCACCAACUUCGUUGGCCGAGUCUGAGUACAGGGCUGUCCUGAGGAUAGAACGACUUCAGCUGGGCACGACUUUCUUGGCAUUCUCUUGGCGUUUCAAAUGGAACAGCCUGUGACAGCCAAAAAUUCGAACGAUGCAUCCAAUUAAUCGCCAUCACCCCGGCAAAGAACUCUUUGAUUUAUUUCAGCAGAACUGGACUGCUGCA